GAAAAGCGGUCGCUUGCCAAUAUUUGCUGCUAGGUAGAAAUGAAGAUCUUUCUUCUGCCUUCUUCUUCAUCUGCCUGCCUGUGUUUGUCGUGUACCUCUGUUGUAUUCGUGCAAGCCACUGUUUCCAUUGCCACAGCUACCAUCAUUAUCAUUACGGCUACCGUUGCGUUGCAGCUGUCGCAAUAAUCGGUUUCAAGAGUGUCAAAGCGCCUGUGCAGUUGCACACCGACCGUCGGCGCCCAACGAUCACUGCUUAAGACACAUAGCGACAGUGUGCAUUUCAGCGGUAUUGUGCCUAUCGGUGCCCCGUUCCGCGCAGCCUUCAAGCAUAGACGAUUGUCUGUCAAUAAAUCAGUCAAUCAGCACGAACGACUAUGUAGCUACAUAGUUACAUGGUUCGAUUUGUCGUUACUGAAGUUGGUAGAAAGGAUUGCUCGUUGCCAUCGACAACGCCUGUGUGCAUUUUUGUGCUUUAGUGAAUAACCCAGAAAUCCGAGCCCCGCUAAAUGGAUACCCAAUAAACGUGGUAAUGUAAUGAGCUCAGUAUUACGACCCGGGGGUACAACUGAUACAGACAACAAGAGCGCGGUGGAUGCAGAUCAACAACAAAGGACUGCACAACAACAUGACGACACUGUUAUACAGAUUACUUACGUGGAAACUUUAGAGUGUGUGAAAUCUUCUAUAAUCGAACAAAUUGCCCAACAGCAAGUAUCCAGUAGUGAGAAUACGGAUAAACUCAACAUUGGUAUCUGUGACGGCGAUAAUCUUCAGAAAAACACGAAGCUGGUCAAGCCCACAAAGCACUCAAAAGGCAAAAUGUUAAAAAAGCUAAGGAAUACCGCCAAGGCGAACAUGUACCGCCAAGUUAUCGUCUACCUGUGUAUGGCUCCAGCGCUCUGUUCGCUGUUGAUGGUCCCUGUGGUGCAGUACGUUCUUCUCUAUACGUCAGCGAUUACUGGACUAUGCGUGUUAUGGCUUUCCAUUGGUUGGUUCAUUGCAUACUACAGAAUGCCCUCAGUUAAGCUCAGUAGCAAAGGAAAGGCGGUCCUCAUCACAGGCUGUGAUUCGGGUUUCGGUUACAAGCUGGCCCUGAAGUUGGAUUGCGAGGGUUAUCAAGUAUUCGCAGGCUGCCUGUUUCCUGAUGGCGAGGGGGCUCGCCAGUUACGGAAUUCUGCAUCAAAUCGACUACAUAUAAUCGGCUUAGAUGUUACUAAGGACGAGGAUUUCACAUCGGCACGAAGUUUCGUCCAGCAACACCUAAAUGGAAAUGUGCUCUGGGCGGUCGUAGCAAAUGCCGGGAUCUUUGAGUUUAAGGAGUUUGAAUGGUUCACUUCCGAUGAAAUUUCUCGGACUCUUGACGUCAACGUAUUGGGGGUUUGCCGGACAGCUCUUACAUUUUUGCCGCUGCUACGCGACGCUAGAGGACGCCUCGUGAUCGUCUCCAGCUACGCCGGUCGAUUGACUCCUAGUUGGCAUUCAGUGUAUUCGAUGUCGAAACACGCACUUAUUGCUCUCGCUGAUGGCCUGCGGAAGGAGCUGUACAAAUUUGAUGUCGGUGUUGUGACUAUUGAACCUUUCUACUUUCGGACUGCAAUUCUUCCACUGUCAGAUGUUAUCUGUGAACGUUUCCAACGACAACAAGGUUCUGAAAUGAAGGCGCUUUAUUCAGACGAAUACGUCCGGACGGAAGCGUAUUCACAGAUUGCCUUCAUGGACCUGCGUGCGAGAGAUAACGCGUAUGAAGUAGUGGAUACAAUGGCGACUGCGAUCUCAGUCCAGUAUCCACAGAGUAAUUAUCGAGUGGAUGGAUUCUGCAAUUGGGCCCUUUGUCAGCUUUUCUUGCAUGUCCCGCCAAUUCUGGUCGAUUGGGCUGAUUAUCUUGCACACGCGAGAUGGUCUCGCGGAAUCAACGACAAACUCAUUCGGAGACAGUCUGCUUAUGAACGUCUCUUUGGAAGAUUCCCCAUCCCGGACGACUCGACUUUAGAAAAAAAUACUCAUUAGCUGAGAUUCAACAAUGUAUCAUUGCUGACACAUCAGCAAUAAUAUGUUGUUAAUCAGCAGAAGUUGAAAAUGAACAAAUUUUUGUAAUAGAAGGAACUUGGAGAGCGAGGCAUUACAAAUACUUUAGUUUGAAAAACUGAAAUUUUGAGUUUUUUGCACGUAUGAACCGUUUGGUGUCUUUCCUAUCAUUCUAUAUGUGUAUGCAUUUUUCAGAAGGUUAUAGGUGCUGAGUGCUUCAAUUUAGGGUAAACGUAAAAAAUCAUGACAAAGCGUACCUGUUUAAAAGCGGUUGGACACAUUAAAUUUGCCAAAUAUAAUGAUGCUAAAU